AGCAGCUGACCAGAGUAGGCAGAGGAUGUUCAUUAGAGGGUGCUUUUUUCCCCCCCUAAAGCUAAGCAGUGCGUGUGAGAUUCCUGCAGCUGCACAGAAGACGGUUUCAGUGGGGCUUCAAGUUGAUCCUCGGUCUGCGAGAGGAGGUGCAAACGCUCGGGCUGGCAGCUUCUGAUGGGAAAAAAGCUUCCGACAGGCAGAUUGCGCGUUCUCAACAGCACGGCUCAGACAGCCUUCGGGAAGAUACUCUAACUGUGCUUAUGGAACAACUGCUGUGGUGCUGCAUAUGCUGUAACCGAGCAGAAGAAAUUUGCCCAGCUGCGGAAUUGAAUAAGUAAAAAUACGUACUGAGGGGGCGAGGGAAUAAAAUACUCUUCGGCUAGAAUUAAGUACAAGCCCCGAAGGAAGAGCAAAGGACAAAAAUCUCAUGGUGUGUUUUUGUUGUUUUUGUUGAGCUUUUUUUAUUUUUUUCUUUUUAAUGAGCUUACCUACCAUGAACGGAAGAAGUGGAUCUGCGGAGACUUCAUUUCCUCCUCUGACCCCUCGUUUACAUCACUGACUGGUGACAGUCACAUCUACAUACAUAGUACCUGCCACUUCAGCUGCUCAGAAUUAUAGAAGCCUCUUUGUAUGCAGCAGACAUGGCUAGCCAGCAGGAUUCAGGCUUCUUUGAAAUCAGUAUCAAAUAUUUACUCAAAUCCUGGAGCAAUACUUCUCCAGUUGGUAACGGAUACAUCAAGCCACCUGUUCCUCCUGUUUCUGGCACACAGAGAGAAAAAGGACCUCCAGCCAUGUUGCCAAUCAGCAUUGACCCGGACAGUAAACCAGGCGAAUAUGUCCUGAAGAGCUUGUUUGUUAACUUUACUACUCUGGCUGAACGCAAGAUUCGCAUCAUCAUGGCAGAACCUCUUGAGAAGCUGCUGACCAAAUCUCUGCAACGAGGAGAAGAUCCCCAGUUUGAUCAAGUUAUAAGCUCAAUGAGCUCACUCUCAGAAUAUUGUUUACCCUCUAUCCUGCGCACUUUGUUUGAUUGGUAUAAAAGGCAGAACGGUAUAGAAGAUGAAUCUCAUGAGUACAGACCAAGAACAAGCACUAAAUCCAAAAGUGAUGAGCAGCAGAGGGACUAUUUAAUGGAGAGGAGAGAUCUGGCUAUUGAUUCUAUUUUUUCUUUAGUAUUAAUAGAAGUUUUGAAACAGAUUCCACUUCAUCCUGUAAUAGACAGUUUGGUAAACGAUGUUAUUAACUUGGCUUUCAAGCACUUCAAGUUCAAAGAAGGGUACCUUGGUCCUAACACUGGAAAUAUGCACAUUGUGGCAGAUUUGUAUGCAGAAGUAAUAGGUGUUCUAGCUCAAGCAAAAUUUCCCGCAGUAAAGAAGAAAUUUAUGGCAGAGUUAAAAGAGUUGCGACAUAAAGAACAAAGCCCAUACAUAGUUCAAAGCAUUAUCAGUCUUAUAAUGGGAAUGAAAUUCUUUCGCAUUAAGAUGUAUCCUGUGGAGGACUUUGAAGCUUCUCUUCAGUUUAUGCAGGAAUGUGCACAUUAUUUCCUUGAAGUUAAAGACAAAGAUAUCAAGCAUGCACUGGCAGGACUGUUUGUUGAAAUUCUUAUCCCCGUAGCUGCUGCUGUUAAAAAUGAAGUGAAUGUCCCCUGUUUGAGGAACUUUGUUGAAAGCCUGUAUGAUACAACGCUUGAACUUUCAUCACGAAAGAAGCACUCAUUGGCUUUGUAUCCUUUGGUGACGUGCCUGCUUUGUGUCAGUCAAAAGCAGCUCUUUUUGAACAGAUGGCAUAUUUUCCUCAACAACUGCCUGUCCAAUCUCAAGAAUAAGGACCCAAAAAUGGCUAGAGUUGCACUGGAAUCUCUGUAUAGACUACUGUGGGUUUACAUGAUCAGAAUUAAAUGUGAAAGCAACACAGCUACCCAAAGUCGACUUAUUACUAUUGUCACAACACUUUUCCCAAAAGGCUCCCGUGGUGUUGUGCCAAGAGAUAUGCCUCUGAACAUCUUUGUGAAGAUAAUACAGUUUAUUGCACAGGAACGUUUAGAUUUUGCAAUGAAAGAAAUUAUCUUUGACUUCCUUUGUGUUGGAAAACCAGCAAAAGCUUUCAGUCUCAACCCUGAGAGAAUGAAUAUUGGCCUGAGAGCUUUCUUGGUAAUUGCUGAUAGCUUACAGCAAAAAGAUGGUGAACCUCCAAUGCCAGUGACUGGAGCUGUCCUUCCCUCUGGAAACACUCUCAGAGUGAAGAAAACGUAUUUGAGCAAAACUCUUACAGAGGAGGAAGCUAAAAUGAUAGGUAUGUCAUUAUAUUAUUCGCAAGUAAGGAAGGCUGUGGACAACAUUCUCAGACACCUUGACAAGGAAGUGGGUCGGUGCAUGAUGCUAACCAACGUACAGAUGCUUAACAAAGAGCCUGAAGACAUGAUUACUGGUGAAAGAAAACCAAAAAUCGAUCUGUUCAGAACAUGUGUUGCUGCUAUUCCACGAUUGCUUCCUGAUGGAAUGUCAAAACUUGAGUUGAUAGACUUGCUGGCAAGGCUGUCUAUCCACAUGGAUGAUGAACUUCGACACAUUGCACAGAAUUCUCUUCAGGGUCUGCUUGUUGACUUUGUUGACUGGCGGGAGGACGUACUCUUUGGUUUCACUAAUUUUCUGCUCCGUGAGGUGAAUGAUAUGCAUCAUACCCUUCUUGAUACUUCACUGAAGUUGCUGCUACAGUUGCUUACACAAUGGAAGCUUGUAAUGCACACUCCAGGAAAAGCUUCUGAGCAGGUGAAAACCAGAUCUGCAGAGUUGAUACCCAACGGAUCCAGCCACAGGAUACAGUCUGAGAGAAGCCCCUAUUCCAACGUCCUGCACGCAGUUGAAGGAUUCGCACUGGUUCUGCUGUGUAGUUUCCAGGUUGCCACGCGGAAACUUGCUGUUCUAAUCCUCAGAGAAAUCCGUUCUUUAUUCUUGGCCCUUGGCCAGGCAGAGGAUGAUGACAGACCUAUGAUUGAUGUGAUGGAUCAGUUGAGUUCUUCUAUUCUUGAAAGUUUUAUUCAUGUGGCUGUUUCAGAUUCAGCAACAAUCCCGUUAACACACAGUGUGGAUUUGCAGUGGCUGGUGGAGUGGAAUGCUGUCCUAGUAAAUAGCCAUUAUGAUGUGAAAAGUCCUUCCCAUGUCUGGAUAUUUGCACAGUCUGUGAAAGACCCAUGGGUUCUCUGCCUCUUCAGUUUUCUUAGGCAGGAGAAUCUACCAAAGCACUGUCCUACAGCCCUCAGCUAUGCUUGGCCAUACGCUUUCACAAGGUUACAGCUGAUAAUGCCUCUUGUGGAUCCCAAUAUUCCUGUUAAUGCAAAGAAAACAAGUACAGCAAGUAGUGGAGACAACUAUGUUACUUUGUGGAGAAAUUACCUAAUUCUGUGUUUUGGAGUAGCAAAGCCCAGUAUUAUGAGCCCAGGACACCUGCGUGCUUCAACACCAGAGAUCAUGGCCACCACUCCUGAUGGAACAGUGAACUAUGACAAUAAGGCCAUUGGAACUCCAUCUGUUGGGGUCUUACUGAAGCAGCUAGUUCCUUUGAUGAGACUUGAAAGCAUAGAAAUUACAGAAUCACUUGUAUUAGGAUUUGGAAGAACAAAUUCCCUUGUUUUCAGGGAAUUAGUAGAAGAACUUCACCCACUAAUGAAGGAAGCCCUAGAAAGAAGACCAGAGAACAAGAAACGUCGAGAACGACGAGACCUACUAAGGCUGCAGCUACUGCGAAUUUUUGAGCUCCUCGCUGAUGCUGGUGUUAUAAGUGACAGUACAAAUGGAGCCUUAGAAAGAGAUACACUAGCCCUUGGAGCCUUGUUCUUGGAGUAUGUUGAUCUGACUCGCAUGCUUUUGGAGGCUGAAAAUGACAAGGAAGUCGAGAUACUUAAGGAUAUGAGAGCACAUUUCAGUGCAAUGAUUGCCAACUUGAUUCAGUGUGUUCCAGUCCAUCACAGGAGAUUUCUCUUCCCUCAGCAGAGCUUGAGGCAUCACCUGUUCAUCUUAUUCAGCCAGUGGGCAGGACCUUUCAGUAUUAUGUUCACACCGCUGGACCGUUACAGUGAUAGAAAUCAUCAGAUUACAAGAUACCAGUAUUGUGCAUUAAAGGCCAUGUCAGCUGUGCUCUGCUGUGGCCCCGUGUUUGAUAACGUUGGUCUUUCCCCUGAUGGGUAUCUUUACAAAUGGCUUGAUAACAUUCUGGCUUGUCAAGAUUUACGUGUUCAUCAGCUUGGCUGUGAAGUUGUAGUCCUGUUGCUGGAACUGAAUCCUGAUCAAAUCAAUCUGUUCAACUGGGCUAUAGAUCGAUGUUACACAGGAUCAUACCAGCUUGCCUCUGGGUGUUUCAAAGCCAUUGCAACUGUGUGUGGAAGCAGGAACUACCCUUUUGAUAUCGUGACGCUUUUAAAUUUGGUACUGUUCAAGGCAUCUGAUACCAACAGAGAGAUUUAUGAAAUUUCCAUGCAACUUAUGCAGAUCCUUGAAUCAAAACUUUUUGUUUAUUCAAAAAAGAUAGCUGAGCAGAGACCAGGCAGUAUCUUGUAUGGGACACAUGGUCCAUUGCCACCUCUUUACAGUGUCUCACUUGCCCUUCUUUCAUAUGAACUAGCAAGGAUGUAUCCUGAGCUUACCCUUCCACUUUUUUCAGAGGUAAGCCAGAGAUUCCCAACAACACAUCCAAACGGAAGACAGAUCAUGCUCACCUACCUGCUGCCAUGGCUUCAUAACAUUGAACUGGUGGACAAUAGGCUGCUCCUGCCUGGCUCAAGCCCUACCACUCCAGAAGAUGAACUGAAGGACAAGGAUGGGGAAAUAGCAGUCACAAGUGGACUAAAAGGCAAUGGCUGGGGCUCUCCUGAGGCCACCUCCCUGGUUCUUAAUAAUCUCAUGUAUAUGACAGCCAAGUAUGGAGAUGAAAUUCCUGGACCAGAGAUGGAAAAUGUCUGGAAUGCUUUGGCCAACAAUGAAAAAUGGAGUAACAACCUUAGGAUAGCACUGCAGUUCCUCAUUAGUUUAUGUGGUGUUAGCAGUGAUACCAUCCUUUUACCCUAUAUAAAGAAGGUUGCAAUAUAUUUGUGUCGCAAUAACACUAUUCAGACAAUGGAAGAACUUCUUUUUGAGCUGCAGCAAACAGACCCAAUGAACCCCAUAGUCCAACAUUGCGAUAAUCCUCCAUUUUACCGUUUUGCUGCCAGUAACAAAGCCUCAGCUGCAGCUUCUGGAACCACCUCCAGCAGUAACACUGUUGUAGCUGGCCAAGACAGUUUUCCUGAUGCAGAAGAGAAUAGAGUGGUGAAAGAGACUGAUGAAAGGUUCAGUAAUGUCAUCAGAGCACAUACCCGACUAGAGUCAAGAUACAGUAAUAGCUCUGGAGGAUCUUAUGAUGAUGACAAAAAUGAUCCUGUUUCUCCAUAUACAAGCUGGUUAUUGAAUAUUGUUGAAACCAAACAGCCACAUCCCCUGCCCAUGCCUUACAAUGGAGGAUGUUGGGCACCACUUGUGGACUAUCUCCCAGAAACCAUCACACCUCGGGGACCCCUUCAUAGGUGCAAUAUUGCUGUUAUCUUCAUGACUGAGAUGGUAGUGGAUCACAGUGUGAGAGAAGAUUGGGCUCUUCACCUCCCGUUAUUGCUACAUGCUCUCUUUUUAGGUCUUGACCAUUACCGCCCAGAGGUCUUUGAACACAGUAAAAAGUUACUUCUUCACCUUUUGAUUGCAUUGUCUUGCAAUAACAACUAUCAAGCGAUUGCCUCAGUGCUUCUUCAGACCAGAGAGAUGAAUGAGACCAAGACUCUGACAAUACAACCAGCAUACUUACCUGAAUAUCUUUACACAGGUGGCUUUGACUUUCUGCGGGAAUACCAGUCAUCCCCGGUGCCAGACUCUGGCUUGAGCUCCAGCUCCACCUCCUCCAGUGUCAGUCUGGGAGGCAGCAGUGGAAAUCUGCCACAGAUUACACAAGAAGCUGAGGACAUGGACACUGCUGCUGAAUCAGAUGAGAAAGCAAACAAAUUAAUUGAGUACCUGACAACCAGGGCAUUUGGUCCACUUUGGUGCCAUGAAGAUAUCACUCCCAAAAAUCAAAACACCAAGAGUGCUGAACAGCUCACUAAUUUUCUCCRCCAUGUUGUGUCUGUCUUUAAAGAUUCCAAGUCAGGUUUUCACUUGGAGCAGCAUCUGAGUGAAGUUGCUUUACAAACAGCUCUUUCAAGCUCUUCCAGACAUUAUGCUGGUCGCUCUUUCCAGAUAUUCAGGGCCCUAAAGCAGCCCCUUUCUGCACAUGCGUUGUCUGAUCUCCUGUCAAGACUGGUGGAAGUUAUUGGCGAGCAUGGAGAUGAGAUUCAGGGGUAUGUAAUGGAGGCACUGCUUACUUUGGAAGCUGCAGUGGAUAAUCUGUCUGACUAUUUGAAGAACAGUGAUCUUCUGACGGUGUUAUCACGCUCAUCUUCACCAGAUUUGACAUCAAACACUAAACUGACUGCAAAYCGAAAGAGCACAGGGCAGCUGAAUGUGAAUCCUGCAAGUGGUAACACAGCCACUGCUGAACGUAGCAGACACCAGAGGAGCUUCUCUGUACCCAAAAAGUUUGGAGAUGUGGACAAGUCCUCAGACCCACCACGCAGUGCCACACUAGACAGGAUUCAAGCAUGCACCCAGCAAGGCCUGUCCUCCAAAACAAGAAGUUCGUCCUCUCUAAAGGACAGUCUCACUGAUCCAUCCCAUAUUAACAAUCCAACCAACCUACUGGCCACCAUAUUCUGGGUUGCUGUGGCUUUGAUGGAAUCRGAUUUUGAGUUUGAGUACCUAAUGGCAUUGCGGUUGCUGAAUAAACUCCUGGCUCAUUUGCCACUGGAUAAAGCUGAAAACCGGGAGAAGUUAGAAAAGCUGCAAGGGCAGCUGAAAUGGGCAGAUUUCUCAGGACUUCAGCAGCUGCUCCUGAAAGGAUUCACCUCCCUUACUACCACUGAUCUCACACUCCAGCUCUUCAGUUUGCUGACACCAGUGUCUCGAAUAUCCAUGGUGGACUCCUCUCAAGCUAUAGGAUUUCCACUGAAUGUUUUGUGUCUCCUGCCCCAUUUGAUUCAGCAUUUUGACAGCCCAAACCAGUUUUGUAAAGAUAUAGCUGAAAGGAUUGCUCAGGUUUGUUUGGAGGAGAAAAAUCCCAAGCUAUCAAAUCUUGCCCAUGUCAUGACCCUUUAUAAAACACACAGCUACACAAGGGACUGUGCUACCUGGGUAAAUGUGGUUUGCCGUUACCUUCAUGAAGCAUUUGCUGACAUUACUUUGAAUAUGGUUACGUAUUUGGCUGAGCUACUAGAAAAGGGCCUUCCCAGUAUGCAACAAUCCCUUUUACAGAUGAUCUACAGUCUUCUUAGUUAUAUGGACCUGUCAGCUAUUCCUGUGAAACAGUUUAACAUGGAAGUGCUAAAAACCAUUGAAAAAUAUGUACAGAGCAUUCACUGGAAAGAAGCCUUGAAUAUCCUGAAAUUGGUGGUUUCUCGUUCCGCCAGUUUAGUUCUACCUUCCUAUCAACACAGUGAUCUUCCGAAAAUGGAAAUACAUCGAGUGUGGAACAGUGCCUCCAAGGAGCUACCAGGGAAGACUUUAGAGUUUCAUUUUGAUAUUUCAGAGACUCCAAUUAUUGGGAGACGGUAUGAUGAGCUGCAGAGUUCUUCCGGGCGAGAUGGUAAACCCAGGGCAAUGGCUGUCACCCGAAGUACUUCUUCAACCUCAUCAGGAUCUAACUCCAAUGUCCUUGUUCCUGUGAGCUGGAAGAGACCCCAGUACUCUCAGAAAAGGACAAAGGAAAAGCUGGUGCAUGUCCUUUCCCUUUGUGGUCAGGAAGUCGGGCUGAGUAAAAACCCUUCAGURAUUUUUUCUUCCUGUGGUGAUUUGGAUCUGAUAGAGCACCAGACGAGUUUGGUCUCUUCCGAAGACGGAACAAGGGAGCAGGAGAACAUGGAUGAUUCAAACAGCGAACAACAAUUCAGAGUCUUUAGGGACUUUGAUUUCCUAGAUGUUGAGCUGGAAGAUGGGGAGGGUGAGAGCAUGGACAACUUCAACUGGGGAGUGCGCAGACGGUCCCUGGACAGCCUGGACAAGUGUGACAUGCAGCUGAUGGAGGAGAGCCAGCUCUCAGGGAGCACACCCAGCCUCAACAAAAUGAACCAUGAGGACUCAGAUGAAUCAUCAGAGGAGGAGGAUCUGACCACCAGCCAAAUCAUGGAGAACUCAGACCUAAUUAUAAAUCUUUCCCCAUCUGAGGAUGCAAAUCAUAUCGACUUACUUUCUACAUCCUGUGACACAACCUCAGCAGACCCUCAACAUUUUAAUAUGGGAACAUCCAGCUUUGACGUGUCCUUGCCUGAUAUGAAUAAUCUCCAGGUGUCUGAAGAAGCCAAGGCUGAAGCUGUUCCUGAAGAACAAGAAAUAGCAGUCCAUGAGGAUGACCUUUCAGGGUCUACAAAUGAACUCCCUGGAGCAUUUGAAUGCAGUGAUAGCUUUAGUCUGUAUAUGACAGAAACUGAAGAGAAAGCUGACAGGCUGGAACAAUUUGCUCUUGCCAGUUUUGGAGAUGCUGAUCAAAAUGCCUCCCCUCCUCCCUCACCAUUUUUUUCUGCCAUCCUUGCUGCAUUUCAGCCAGCAGCAUGUGAUGAUGCAGAGGAAGCCUGGCGUAGUCAUAUCAACCAACUCAUGUGUGACUCUGAUGGUUCCUGUGCAGUUUAUACUUUUCACGUGUUCUCUUCCCUGUUUAAGGUGAGAAAAUAAUAAGUUUAAGAUGCUGAGUCAAAAUGUUUGUGUGUGGCAAUUAGUAGUUCUUGAUAGCAGCCCCAUUAAUGAACUAUUAGAUAUUUUCAUGCAGUGUGUCUUCUGUGACCAGUUUUGUC